AUGGAAGGCACGCAGUUUAUUGCAGUGUUUGUACUGAUCAUUGCGGUCGGAUAUAUGUUCUUUGGAAGUGAAAAAUCUGUUUCUGUAGUUGUGGAAAAUGUGAAAGAUGAGUAUGACUUUAUAGUUAUAGGAGCUGGAUCCGCCGGUUCCGUGAUUGCUUCACGCUUGUCAGAGAAAAACAAUGUAAGUGUGCUUGUCCUUGAAGCAGGUGGACAUUAUGAUCGCGACCCAAUCAUCAAUGUUCCAAUGUAUUGGUUUAGUUACCUAAAAUCAGACUUUGCUUGGGACUUCAAAAGUGAACCACAAAAUGAGUCUUUUCUAGGAUUAAGUGGCAGGAAAGGUUCCAUGAAUAGAGGGAAGUUACUUGGUGGUACUGGAUCUAUAAAUGCAUGUUUAUAUACCAGAGGGAGUCCGUUUGAUUUUGACGAAUGGGAAACUAAGAAUGGUUGUAAAGGUUGGGGAUAUAAAGAUCUGUUGCCGUAUUUCAAAAAGGCGGAGGAUAUCCGAAUUAAUAAAUUAAUGAAGUCUGAAUUUCAUGGAACAGGAGGUCCUAUAGCUGUUUCAGAGCCGGUUGUAACACCGUUGAAAGAAAUCUUUAUAAAAGCUGGCAGGGAGAUGGGCUAUGAAGAAAAUGAUUAUAACAGUAAUGUACAAUCAGGAGUAAGUGCUGCCCAACUGACAAUAAGAAAUGGCGUCCGUAGCAGCACUGGACAGGAAUACCUCGUCAAAAUCGGCAAACGAAAGAAUCUUGAUUUGAGUUUAAACAGUCACGUGACAAAAAUAGAUAUAAAUAACAAAGUUGCUAAAGGUGUAUAUUUCAUAAAGAAUGGCCGAAAGCAUUAUGUUCGCACAAGGAGAGAUGUGAUUGUUUCUACCGGUGCUUUGAAUUCUCCUCAGUUACUUAUGCUGUCAGGAAUCGGUCCUAAAGCUCACUUACAAGAUCUAGGUAUACCGUUGAUACAAGAUUUGCCAGUUGGACAAACAUUUGACGAUCAUGUUGGUAUAACUCUUUCGGCAACAAUUAAUCAAACAUUAAGUGUUACGAAAGAAAGAAUUGGAAGUCAUUGGUCGGCAGUAGAAUAUUCUCUUUUCGGGACAGGACCUUAUUCGUCUUCGUUGACAGAGAGUACAGCGUUUUUUCACAUUAAUAAGACGAUGCAGGGUAAAGCACGACCGGAUAUACAAUUUAUUCUCAUCGGAUGUAUGGUUAGCGGCAAUGAAAUAUUCAAUUUUAACGACUCGGUUGCGGAUGAAAUUCAUUGUAGAAUUCGUGAUUUGCCUGGGUUUUCUGUAAAUAUUUUACUUUUACAUCCAAAGAGUGUAGGCAAGGUUACUCUAAAGAGUACCGAUCCUUUUGACAGUCCAAUUUUUGAACUCAAUCAUUUUUCUAAAGAACAAGACAUUGAAGAGUUAUUAGCUGGAAUUAGACUUUUUGAAGUAUUUACCUCCACGGAGAUAAUGAAAAGUAUUGGUACAGAUAUUUCUAUCAACAAGGCCUCGUUUUGUUCACAUCAUGAGUUUAGAUCAGAUGAUUUCUGGAAAUGUAUGAUCCGUCAUGUUGGGGUAAACUUCUCUCAUACAACAAGCACGUGUAAAAUGGGCCCUGGCAACGAUCAAACAUCUGUUGUUGAUCUUGAGCUGAAAGUGCAUGGGAUAAAAGGAUUACGUGUGUGCGAUGCAUCGGUUUUACCAACUGUUACUUCCGGAAAUCCAAAUGCGCCAAUAAUAGCAGUGGCGGAGAAAGCUGCAGAUAUCAUUUUCCGAAGGAUGAAGUAA